UUAGUUUAAUUCAACUUAGAAAACAAAGUGCGCAAGAAAAUAAUUCUUUUUGCAACUACGAGAAACUCGAACUCAUUUAAAAUGUAUAAGCGCGUUAGGAAGUGAAAUAAGAACGUGGAAGGAAACGUGAAAGCGCAUCAGAGGGUGCGCAGUAACAUUUUCUGGGCCUAUAAAGGCUCGGGUAAGCCCGCCCCUACUCACAACUUACCCGGACCUCGCCGCAACAGCCCCUACUAGCAACCCUCGACGAUUUACGAAACUUUUGCUAACAUAGUGGAGUGAAGUUGUCGAACUCUAUCAAAAUGCGAGUAAUACUUUACGCACUGGCGAUGGUUGCAGCCUGCGAUGUUAUAACUGGCCUGUAUUUACCGGGUAUGGACUACCCCGUGAUAAACAAUGACAAAGAGUUGUCAUGGUUCCCGAGAGUACGCCGCAUGCCCGAGCCAAAUCAUCGUGUGAUCAACCCCUCUGAUGAUUGUUUCCUCGUGACAUCAGAUGAAGGGGAAAUAUUUUUCAAGUCGGCGUCAGAUGAACCUUCUGUGUGCGGUAUCUACAUGAUAGCCGACCCGGACAAGAAGAUACAAGUCACUUUCAACUAUCUGGACGUACCUUGUGAAAAUGGUGGACUGGUUGCGUGGGUGGACGGCUGGGAACUCAAUGGGCAACUGUGGCCGGCGGACGACUGGAAUGAUGAGCGCCUUGUGGAGUCCUGUGACAAACGACCGCAGCAAAAGCUGACAUCAAGCCAGAACGCCGCACUCAUACAGUACAGGGUACCUGCCAAGGGUAAAGGAUUCGCCGUCACCGUGCACCACUUGAAGAAUUCCAAACCUUGCAACAUAAUGGUAUUCGAACCGAACGGUGUGUACACUCUCCGCAAUCACGGUGAAGCCGGCAAUUGCUCCGUCUUGGCGAUAGCACCCUCCACCGUAGGAGUGUUGUCCCUCGAUGUUGGACAGACCAUUAAGAGUAGCCCGCUGAACCUUGAGACUGGGACUAUUCAUUUCUGCAAGAAGCGGGGUCUAACUGACUACGUGGACAUCGGCGGCUCUUCCGGCCUCGACUACACGAACAUGGAGGUGAUCGAUAGUAUCUGCGGACUCGACUCUGUUGCAGGUCAACUACCCGCUUUCAUCGUCUGCGAGAGUACCGUCGUCCGUUUGGUGUCCAGUGGCCUGUACAAAAACUCCGUGACAAUCGCCUUUAGUCCUUUGGUCCUUGAACAUAUCGAAGACGCCGAUAUGAUCUGCGUUCCAAGCGUAAAAAAAUAAAAUUUUAUUAAAAGCUCUCUGUACACAGUUUCAUAAUACGAAAUGUAACGUA